AUGUCUCGCGGAAAUACGCCAUCGCAGCAUAACUCUACGCUAGCGAUUUCCCCCCUGGUCGGAAACCGGAACCUGCAGGUGCAACAACAGCAUUCACAACAGCAUUCACACCAUCAGGCACCACAACAGCUUCCACAACAUGCACAACAGCAACGAAAUGAUGCACUGCACACUCAGGGAAAUAGGCAAUGGAGUGGCAGCCAUCGAGCAGCCCAAACGCCGCAUCAUGCUGUCACAUACAGCCCGUUGGUGCAGAAAAUACAAAACAACGCAUCGCUGGCCACUCCGGCGCCAGUGCAAAACCAUGGCGGGUCAACAGCAGGACUGUUGGCGUCGAUGACCAAAAGCGGGCUUUUUGGACCAGCCAUGCCAUCCACGCUGCGUAAAGUCAGCGCAGUGACCGAACCCACCAGAUCUCCUUCAAACGCACGCCAAACCAUGACAAUGGACGAACUUCUGGACUCGAACCAAAUCGUGAACUCCAUCGACAUAGCACAGUUGCCGGCAGCAGAAAAACUACGUCUUUGGCGACACGAUUCGCUCAUGCAGCAUCAGUACCGCACCGCGGAGUAUAUCGGCGAUAAAGUCUACGCCAUGACAGGAGACCCCAACGACGCGUUUUGGCUCGCCCAGGUGUAUUUUAAUAGCGGGUCGUACAUUCGCGCCGUGGAGCUUCUGACGCGCAACAACCUCGAUACUUCCAGCGUGAUGUGCCGGUAUCUCACGGCUCUUUGUCUUGUGCAAUUGAAGAAGUACGAGGACGCACUCGAUAUUUUGGGAGAGACAAAUCCGUUCCAGGACCCACAGGGCAAUCGUGUGAGGAAUCAAGAUGGAGGAAUUAAGCUAGAGUCUUCCAUGUGUUAUCUGCGAGGGAAAGUCUUCGCAGCUUUGAACAACUUUGAAAGGGCCAAAGAGUGUUUAAAAGAAGCUCUGCAGGUUGACGUUAAAAACUUCGAAGCGUUCGACGAGCUCAUAUCCAAAAACUUGUUGACGCCAAAUGAAGAAUGGACUUUUGUUGCUUCACUCGAUUUCUCGGAAUUGGACGAUAACGAGGACUUUAUAAAGUCUUUGUACAUUUCCAAGCUAUCAAAACAUCUUAACAUGGACCAAGUCCGCAAAGCUCAGAACUUUUUGAUUACCGAAUACAAACUUAAUAACAACACUGAUAUCAUCCACAGUCAUGUGGAUCUGCUUUUCACCCAAUGUAAGUUCUCAGAGUGCUUGAAACUGUGCGAAGAAGCCUUGGAGCAAAACGAGUACUCAUUUACUAUCCUGCCGACAUACAUUUCAUGUCUGUAUGAACUAGGAGGAAAGAAUAAACUAUUUUUGGUAUCGCACAAGUUAGCCGAAAAUUUCCCCAAACAUCCCAUUACGUGGUUUGGAGUCGGGGCAUACUACAUGUGCACCAACAAAAUCUCUGAGGCAAGGAAAUACUUCUCAAAAUCAUCCAUUCUCGAUCCAACUUUUAGUCAAGCUUGGAUCGGGUUUGCACACACCUACGCUGUAGAAGGAGAGCACGAACAAGCCGUCUCUGCUUAUUCUACUGCAUCCCGGUUCUUUCCAGGAACUCAUCUCCCCAAUUUGUUUCUGGGAAUGCAGUAUCUACUCAUGGGAACAUUGCCGCUUGCGGAAGAAUACUUUAUUUUGUCAUACGAUGUUUGCCCUUAUGAUCCUCUACUAUUGAAUGAGAUGGGUGUGUUGUACUUCAAAAAAAAUGAUUUUGUGAAAGCCAAAAAGUAUUUAAAGAAAGCAUGGGAAGCUAUCAAAGCGCUGGACUCGGAAUCGAAAUCGUGGGUUUCGAUUCACACCAAUUUGGCACAUUCUUAUCGUAAGUUGGGGGAAAACGAGAGGGCCGUAAAAUGUUUCAAGCUCGUGUUAGAGACCGCUGGCAAAGAUACUGACACUUUAUGCGCUUUGGGUUAUGUUUACCUCCGAAUGAAUAGAAUAGGAAAAGCGAUUGAAUCUCUACACAGUUCGCUGGCCUUGUGCCCGUCAAAUCAAACAGCGCAAGAACUUCUCAAGCAAGCUUUGGAGGUGAAUUUGUCAACUGCUUUAGAUGAAAAUCAUCCUCUCGUGGUCAGUUCUCAAAUUCGAGAACAAAGCUCUGGUCUCGAUAGCCGCAAACGGGGUGCUCAUAAGUUGGAUGCCCAUGAAAUGGCGAAAAGACUGAAACAUGGGCGAGAUUCUUCUGAUGAGGAGGCAGACGAUGGUGACUCAAUGGAACUAGAGUAA